GUCUGGUAAUAUCUCCCGCAGCGACAUCCGGCUUCAAGCUGCACUCCUCUUCCCGAUCCAGACAUCUUCUGCAUGGUUUUUCUUCGUCACACUAGAGUGGACUUCGUAGCUACCUCAGGGGUCUCAGGAAUUAUAAAUAUACCUUGACGUGCCGCCGUUUGCAUUGAAUGCAUCCAUGCCGGGAUUUUCGAUGUGGUUUUCGCGGAGGAGGCAUGUUGGACCUCCAGGGCCAGCAGCCUACGGCGCUUGGUGUCGAGGCUGGACACGAAGAAUGGAAGAACGCCUCGGACUAGGCACAAAGUCGAGUCCAAGAACUUUGGCUGCGUGCAGGUAAGUCACCUGAUUGUCGGACUUCAGGCGGCAGCCGGAGUAUUCGCUGUAGAGGUUAAGACACUGACAAAGAUUGCUGAUGCACU